AUGCCUCACUACGGGACGACGGGCACGUACCGCAUCAUCCAGGGCGGGCCCGUCGAGAAUGCCCUCGGCCUCGCGAACCCAACGCCAAAUGCGCCUCCCCCCACGCCGAGGGUCGCGACGACGAACACCAGUCCCGUCCUGGCGCCGAACUCGCCUACGCUGUGGAUGCACGUCGUCUCCAGGUUCUAUUCCGAUCCCGCCAACGUCUACGAAAGCGCCAGUCGCCCCGUCUCGGCGAGCAUGAGUCCCGCGUCUGCGUACAGCGGCUAUGACGCCUCCGUCUCUGACAUGACCGAGGACGGACACAACGAUGACGGCUAUGACGACUAUGAUGCGUAUUACGACGACGACGAGCGCACGCUCUGCUGCGAUGUCCAGGAUCAUGGAGACGAGUCCCCUGAGGUAGGCUGCUUGGCGUGCUUUCCAUCUAGCCUCGAUGGUCAUCAGCCCGCCCCGGUCACGGCCGCCGCUGCCGCCGCCCAGCCUCAGCGAAGCCGCAUCUGCUCCGCCCUGCUCUUCGUCACGGCCGUGCUGGGCGUCCCAGUCGAUGUUUUCCGCCACAUAGCCUCUGGUGCCGCCGCCGGCGCUGAGGGCGACGACGACAACGAUGACGACGAGCAGCCGGAGAUGUCGUCUCCUCCUCCGCAGGGCGACGACCCAAGGCCACGAGUCCGUCGCAGGCCCAGCGCUCGUCGGGACAAGUUUCCCCCAGGGCCGUCGCCACUCUCUUAUCCUCCCCUUCUUUCCAGAACCCUGCCAUCGGCAGAAUAG